AUGCCCGACUCGCAGGCUCCCCAAAAGACGACCGAGGUCAGCCGGCCUCGUUCCAGUCAAAUGGUUUCCGUCAACUGGAACGAUGCCGCCGAGACCGAUGCCGCACACGGCGCGCGGCUGCAGUUUGAGAUUGCCGAGUGCGUCGAGACGAAGACCGUGACGACAACAACCACAACCAAACGGUCAUAUCCGCCGUUGUACGUCCGUGAAUCAAGGGCACUCCAGUCGCUCGAUGCCAAAGAGUACCCGCUUGCCUCCAAACCGACCCCGCCAGAGCUGUCCAAGUUCAGCUUCGAUGUCGACGACGGCAUCGACAGCGACUCCUGGUCGUCGUUUGACGACUCGCAGAAAUUCCACUCCUCCUUUGAACACAGCCAGGACGACCACCUGUUGCGGGCCAACCCCUUUCACCGCCACCCACCGCGUGCACGCAUCCUCGACGACAGCCAGAUAAAGCUCGAGCCCGGCGUCGAGAGCCAGCCACGCCAUGAUUCACCCUCCCAGCCGGCGGCGGCGGCGGCGGCAUCGUCGUCGUCGAAGCAGCCUGCCGACAGCUCAUUGCGCCGGUCGACUCGUUCCAGCUCCGUGGCUGGUUCUCCCGUCUCCACUAUUAGCCGGAAGGUUCUCCGCUCCUCGAACAUAGGGGCGUCGGCAAACACAUCCACAUCCACAACGGCGUCCGCCUCCACAUCCGCAGCCGACCGGCCAAGACGGCUGGGCCUUGGCUUGUUGAAAGACGACCGUGACGGCGACCUUGCAAACGGCCCGUCCUCAUAUCUCGCCACACCCGACGGUGCCAGCACCGGUAACCGAAGCUCGUCUCGAUUCCGGUCGCUGCGUCUCGAACGUGCGGCCAGCGACAACAAGACAGAAUCGGGCCCCAGCACAACCCCGGCACCAUAUGAGGCUGCUAGUCCCACCGGGAGCGACGCACACACCGUAUUCAGCAACACCGUGGCCACGCCACCAAUUGCCGAUGCCGACGCCGACAGCUUUCCCGAUGCCGACGAGUCUUUGCAGCAGACCGUGCGGACGCUGCCGCCGCGGGUUCUCGGCAAUGUGGGCAUGCUGGAUGCCAGUCUUCCCAGCCCACGCUUGUCUCCCACGUUGUCGGCUGUGCACCCGACGUCGCAGCUUCCCGACGACGACCACGACGAACUAGACGAACGCAUUCUUCGACAGCCUCUCUGGGUGACAACACGAUCACAAUCCACCGAAGUUGCUGACUCGUCGCCAUAUCCCGGAUACCCAUCUUUCUCCCAGCCCGACGGCGCCAACUCGUUGUCGGAUGGUACUGUGUCACGGAUGAACUUCAUGGCCGUGCAGUCUAUGUUGGAGCGGUUUGAUACCAUGCCCGGUGAGAUGAAGACCUUUAUGAUGUACCAAUUCCUGCGCAGGUGCUCGCGGAAGACGCUUCAGACCGUUGCCGAUGUCGUCAACCCGGCCCUCAAGUGCGACUUCUUCAAACGGCUCCCGCUCGAGCUCAGCCUUCACAUCCUCUCCUACCUCGACUUCAAGGACCUGUGCCGUGCUGCACAGGUCUCCAAGCAAUGGCGCAUCAUUGUGGACAGCAACGAAACGGGCUGGAAAGAGUUGUUUGAUAAAGCUGGCUUCGAGCUGCCGUCGGGCGAGCUGCAACGGGCCAUUACACAGGGCUGGGGCUGGCAGGACCCCGUCGGUGCGCAUGGCUGCGAGGUCGAUCUGAGUCUGCGCAUGCGCAUGGAGGCCGACGAGACCGACCUGAUUCGCUCGUCCAAGCCAGAGGCGUCUGCGCCGCGGGUGCGCACGUCGAAGCGGAAACGUGGCAUUACGGCGUACCCUGGCACGGAGCGGUCCAAACGGCGGGCGAGUGCUCAGGAGGUAGCGCCCAAGGAAGAGAAGCCGUCGCAGUGGCCCCAGGUGCACAAAUCCGAAGGCCCUCUGUCGGCCGCCAGUGCGGCUGCCGCGGCCAUUCCGAACCCCAAGAUUGGCCUGCCGAGCUUGCGGAACCUCCACCUGUUCAAGUCUCUCUACCGCCGCCACUACAUGAUUCGCCAAAACUGGACGAGCGGCAAGGUGAAGCCGCAGCAUCUGGCCUUUACCGCCCACCCACGGCACGUCAUCACCUGCCUGCAGUUUGACGACGACAAGAUCAUCACGGGCAGCGACGACACCUUGAUCCACAUCUACGACACCAAAACGGGCAAGCUGCUGAAGAAGCUGGAAGGCCACGAGGGCGGUGUUUGGGCCCUGCAGUACGAGGGAAACAUCCUCGUCUCGGGGAGUACCGAUCGGUCCGUGCGCGUGUGGGACAUUGAAAAGGGACUCUGCACCCAAGUGUUCUACGGACAUACCUCGACGGUGCGCUGCUUGCAGAUUCUCAUGCCCAAGCCCACCGGCAAGUUCGAAGACGGCAAGCCCGUCAUGAUGCCACCGAAGCCGCUCAUCAUCACCGGCUCGCGCGACAACCAGCUGCGUGUGUGGCGGCUGCCGGAGCCGGGCUCGCGGCGCUACAUCCAGACCGGCCCGCCUGCCAACGAUUCCGAGUGCCCCUACUUUAUUCGCAUUCUGUCAGGGCACUCCAGCUCCGUUCGGUCGAUUGCGGCGCACGGGGACAUUCUUGUCUCCGGCAGCUACGACAGCACCGUGCGUGUGUGGCGCAUCAGCACAGGCGAGUCGCUCCACGUGUUGCAGGGCCACACGCAGCGGGUGUACAGUGUCGUUCUCGACGUGAAGCGCAACCGCUGCAUUUCCGGCUCGAUGGACUCGCUGGUGAAGAUAUGGGACUUGGACACCGGGGCCUGCCUCCACACGCUCGAAGGCCACGCCCUGCUGGUCGGCCUGCUUGAUCUCCGCGACGAGAAGCUCGUGUCGGCGGCCGCCGACAGCACACUCCGUGUCUGGGACCCAGAGUCGGGCACCUGCAAGAGCACCUUGACAGCCCAUACCGGCGCUAUCACCUGUUUCCAGCAUGACGGCCGCAAGGUGAUCUCCGGCAGCGAGAAGACGGUCAAGAUGUGGGAUAUCCAGACCGGCGAGUGCAUCCAGGAUCUGCUGAGCGACCUCUCCGGUGUCUGGCAGGUCAAGUUUGACGCCCGGCGCUGUGUCGCGGCUGUCCAGCGAGACAGUCUUACCUAUAUUGAAAUUCUCGACUUUGGCGCCGUUCGCGACAAUGCUCUCGCACACCCGCUCGGCGUCCGGACUCUGCUCAAUGCCCCCGAGCCCCAGUCGCCGAUCGAAGAGGAGCUUUAA